AUGUCUACAGCCACAUGUGCCUGCAAUGCUGUUCGCAUUUCUAUCUGCCACUGCCUAGAAUGCCGCAAGUCAAGUGGUAGCACCCACGGUCUCAACCUAGUGGUCCCAGGCGCUGGAUUUCUCGUCAAGGGCAGCCCAUCAAGCUUCACCUACGAAGCCAGCAGCGGCAAUAAUGUGACUCGUUACUUUUGCCGAAGGUGUGGGGUUAAUCUGUACUCAGACGGUGCUGGGGCGCCAGGUGUAAAGUUUGUCAAGGCCGGUGCUGUGGACGAUCCGCUGGUGUUGAAUGAGUGUAGACCCGACACAGAGUUUUUUGUCAGUCGUCGGGCUGCGUGGCAAGAGGGGAUUUCCGGGGUCGAACAAAGGGAUACUAUGUAG